AUAACUGUGAUGAUACAUUUAUUAUUGGUUCAAACACAGCACUUGUAAUUCAAUUAAAGAAAAUAAAAAAGUAUUAGUGUUCAUAAAAAUGUCUUCUGACAAUGUGCCAUUGUUAAACUUGUCCCGCGGACCGUCGGCUGUACAGUUUGGCGCCAACAAAGACUUUCAAACGCGCACCCAACAACAAGAACUCGACGGUGCUUUUUUGGGCAACGAACGUCGUCCUUGGUUGCAUGCGCAACCCAAGCAGAACUUGCGAAGGGAACACGAGACAAUCGCUAGCCUACUGUCCGCGACAACGAGUCACCGUAGUGCAGCACAGGCGAAGGAACUGCUGGAGGAGAGCAUCAAUUUCCGUGACCUAAGCUCGCUAACAGAUGAAGAUCUGCAAUUGUUUGGCUUCGCAUCGAGCAAAGAACGCAACGAACUGAUUGAAAUGUUUGCGGACAUGCCCAACCAGGAUCCCAGUUACGAGUACAUUUGCAACACUAACGAAGCGCAGGGUUAUAACAAUCAGAUUGUUAGUCAUGCUGCCAGCCAUCUUAGCUACUUGCGGUCUUCGCUAGCCGCCACCAAUUACAAGCUGCGCAUGAUGCCACCGGAAGAUGUGAUUGUGGGCGAUAAAAGUUAUGCUAGUCGCUUUGCCUUGGACGCGUUGAACAGUGUGCAGAGCAUCUCCGAUGAGUUGGCUAAGGAUUUGCGCAAACUGGAACAGUUAACGAUGGAGCAUCGCCAGAAGAUCCAAAACGAAAACGCAGCACCAACUAAAGAAAAAAACCUGAAGAUCUUAUACUACACAGCCAUAGCUUUGGGAACCGCCUGUGCCUGGUUCUGGUGGUGGUCAAAAUGCAGCCACAGUCCUAACUUGGACAUGUCGUUGAAGAUUUAAAAAUAUUCCGCAUAUUAAGUAUUUAUCCACCAUUAUUGCAUUUGUUAGACUGUAAGCAUUUCCACAAAUUGCGUAAAUACUUCGGUUUACUACUAAUGGACAACAACAAAGAAGGUGUCGCUUAAAAUCUAAGGCAUUCCAUUUACUAUUUAAGUACUUAAAUACUAUUAAUGCAUUUAAAUAAUCAAUCCAUUGUUAAUUUGGCCAAUGUGUUCUCAUUACAAAGAUUUACUCAACUAUUUUUAGACUAUUACCAUCUGGAGAACCACAAAUUCCGCUGAAACCUCCCUACAUUAAUACCUAUUAUACUACCAAAACUUGUCUCUCUGUUAUGCAUCCUUUCCAUUGCGUUCACAUUACUCGGCGUUCUUCAAGAAACAAGUUGGAAUCUCUCU